UGGUCUAUAAAUGGGGAGGGUAUGAACAGCAGAAUGGAAAUUUGAUUUAGAGUUGAAAAGAGAAAGGGAAGCAAUUUAUGAUGUGAAUGAAUGAGGGGCGGUCAAGAAAUCUCUAGAACACCUUCCUCUUCAAAGAGAACACUGUCAAGUCAGGGUUCAGUGGAUAUAUAUGCUGCACAGUGCAAAAAUUGCUUGAAAUGGAGAGUGAUAGAUACACAAGAAGAGUUUGAAGAGAUUAGAAGCAAAGUUACUCGGGAACCUUUUCUUUGCAGCAGAAAGGCUAAUAGUUCCUGUGAUGAUCCUGGUGAUAUUGAAUAUGAUUCCACUCGGACAUGGGUCAUUGACAAGCCUAACCUCCCGAAGACUCCCCAAGGUUUUAGGAGAAGCUUGGUACUUAGAAAAGAUUACUCUAAAUUGGAUGCUUACUACAUCACACCUACAGGCAAAAAGCUGAGAACCCGCAAUGAGAUAGCUGCAUAUCUAAAAGAUAAUCCAGAAUUUCAAGGUGUAUCUGUUACAGAUUUUGAUUUUUCAUCCCCAAAGAUAAUGCAAGACACCAUCCCAGAGAUUGUUGAGCAGAAGGAAAAAGAAUCUGCUAACAAAAAAGUUAAGAUAGCCAAAUAUGAUGUUUGAGAAAUAUGAUCUCAAAGUUUGCGUGCUGCUGGAGAUGAUCAUUUUGGUUGGUUUGUAAGAUAUUUACUCUAGAGACUGCUAGGUAAAACCAGACCCAGUGACAUCGAAACAAAUUUUGUAGUUGUGUCUUUUUAUUUUAUUUUAAUCGAUACUUAUUAUGUAGUUUAAGUGGGAUCGCCACCUCUUGUGCGGUUCAAAUGUAAAACAGAACGCCCGAAAAGAUAUUCACUGUAAUAUUCGAUGCACUGGUAUUGUCAUGUUUAGCACCAGGUUUCUUUUCCCCUGUUGUUUUAUUAACCUCUAUUGUGACAGCUCCUUGCGAGGGGAAUCGCUAAUUACUCCUUUAGAACUUAUUUGAUCCA